GUGACUAUCGGGAGGACAAUACUGGAAAUAUCCAUAGAUAGGCAGCAGGAUUUUCUGAGCUGUGUCGGGGGGGCUGAGAAGGGGUCUCAGGAUGAGUAUUGGAAUGGCAGGGGGGCUCCGCCUUCUACUCUUGACAGGGCUUAUAUUGGCUACAAACUGCCAAACAACAGGAACAACUACAACUGCCCCACCUACAACUACAGAAGUAUCAACUACAACUGCCCCACCUACAACUACAGUAGUAUCAACUACAACUGCCCCACCUACAACUACAGAAGUAACAACUACAACUACCCAACCUACAACUACAGAAGUAACAACUACAACUGCCCCACCUACAACUACAGAAGUAACAACUACAACUGCCCUACCUACAACUACAGAAGUAGCAACUACAACUGCCCUACCUACAACUACAGAAGUAGAAACUACCACUGCCCUACCUACAACUACAGAGGCAUCAACUACAACUGCCACACCUACAACUACAGAAGUAGCAACUACAACUGUCCUACCUACAACUACAGAGGCAUCAACUACAACUGCCCCACCUACAACUACAGAAGUAGCAACUACAACUGUCCUACCUACAACUACAGAGGCAUCAACUACAACUGCCACACCUACAACUACAGAAGUAGCAACUACAACUGCCCUACCUACAACUACAGAGGCAUCAACUACAACUGCCCCACCUACAACUACAGAAGUAGCAACUACAACUGUCCUACCUACAACUACAGAGGCAUCAACUACAACUGCCACACCUACAACUACAGAAGUAGCAACUACAACUGCCCUACCUACAACUACAGAGGCAUCGACUACAACUGCCCCACCUACAACUACAGAAGUAACAACUACACCUGCCCCACCUACAACUACAGAAGUAACAACUACAGCUGCCCCAACUACAGCUACAGAAGUAACAACUACAACUGCCCCACCUACAACUACAGAACAACUACAACUGCCCUACCUACAACUACAGAGGCAUCAACUACAACUGCCCCACCUACAACUACAGAAAAGUAGCAACUACAACUGUCCUACCUACAACUACAGAGGCAUCAACUACAACUGCCACACCUACAACUACAGAAGUAGCAACUACAACUGCCCUACCUACAACUACAGAGGCAUCAACUACAACUGCCCCACCUACAACUACAGAAGUAGCAACUACAACUGUCCUACCUACAACUACAGAGGCAUCAACUACAACUGCCACACCUACAACUACAGAAGUAGCAACUACAACUGCCCUACCUACAACUACAGAGGCAUCGACUACAACUGCCCCACCUACAACUACAGAAGUAACAACUACACCUGCCCCACCUACAACUACAGAAGUAACAACUACAGCUGCCCCAACUACAGCUACAGAAGUAACAACUACAACUGCCCCACCUACAACUACAGAAGUAACAACUACAACUACCCAACCUACGACUACAGAAGUAACAACUACAACUGCCCUACCUACAACUACAGAAGUAGCAACUACAACUGCCCUACCUACAACUACAGAGGCAUCAACUACAACUGCCCCACCUACAACUACAGAAGUAGAAACUACCACUGCCCUACCUACAACUACAGAGGCAUCAACUACAACUGCCACACCUACAACUACAGAAGUAGCAACUACAACUGUCCUACCUACAACUACAGAGGCAUCAACUACAACUGCCCCACCUACAACUACAGAAGUAGCAACUACAACUGUCCUACCUACAACUACAGAGGCAUCAACUACAACUGCCACACCUACAACUACAGAAGUAGCAACUACAACUGCCCUACCUACAACUACAGAGGCAUCAACUACAACUGCCCCACCUACAACUACAGAAGUAGCAACUACAACUGUCCUACCUACAACUACAGAGGCAUCAACUACAACUGUCACACCUACAACUACAGAAGUAGCAACUACAACUGCCCUACCUACAACUACAGAGGCAUCGACUACAACUGCCCCACCUACAACUACAGAAGUAACAACUACACCUGCCCCACCUACAACUACAGAAGUAACAACUACAGCUGCCCCAACUACAGCUACAGAAGUAGCAACUACAACUGCCCUACCUACAACUACAGAGGCAUCAACUACAACUGCCCCACCUACAACUACAGAAGUAGCAACUACAACUGUCCUACCUACAACUACAGAGGCAUCAACUACAACUGCCCCACCUACAACUACAGAAGUAGCAACUACAACUGUCCUACCUACAACUACAGAGGCAUCAACUACAACUGCCCCACCUACAACUACAGAAGUAGAAACUACCACUGCCCUACCUACAACUACAGAGGCAUCAACUACAACUGUCACACCUACAACUACAGAAGUAGCAACUACAACUGUCCUACCUACAACUACAGAGGCAUCAACUACAACUGCCCCACCUACAACUACAGAAGUAGCAACUACAACUGUCCUACCUACAACUACAGAGGCAUCAACUACAACUGCCACACCUACAACUACAGAAGUAGCAACUACAACUGCCCUACCUACAACUACAGAGGCAUCAACUACAACUGCCCCACCUACAACUACAGAAGUAGCAACUACACCUGCCCCACCUACAACUACAGAAGUAACAACUACAGCUGCCCCAACUACAGCUACAGAAGUAGCAACUACAACUGCCCUACCUACAACUACAGAGGCAUCAACUACAACUGCCCCACCUACAACUACACAAGUAGCAACUACAACUGCCCUACCUACAACUACAGAGGCAUCAACUACAACUGCCCCACCUACAACUACAGAAGUAGCAACUACCACUGCCCUACCUACAACUACAGAGGCAUCAACUACAACUGCCACACCUACAACUACAGAAGUAGCAACUACAACUGUCCUACCUACAACUACAGAGGCAUCAACUACCACUGCCCCACCUACAACUACAGAAGUAGCAACUACCACUGCCCUACCUACAACUACCCCACCUACAACUACAGAAGUAGCAACUACCACUGCCCUACCUACAACUACAGAGACAUCAACUACAACUGCCCCACCUACAACAACAGAAGUAGCAACUACAACUGCCCUACCUACAACUACAGAGGCAUCAACUACAACUGCCCCACCUACAACUACAGAAGUAGCAACUACAACUGUCCUACCUACAACUACAGAGGCAUCAACUACAACUUCCCCACCUACAACUACAGAAGUAGCAACUACAACUGUCCCACCUACAACUACAGAAGUAGCAACUACCACUGCCCUACCUACAACUACAGAGGCAUCAACUACAACUGCCACACCUACAACUACAGAAGUAGCAACUACAACUGUCCUACCUACAACUACAGAGGCAUCAACUACAACUGCCCCACCUACAACUACAGAAGUAGCAACUACAACUGUCCUACCUACAACUACAGAGGCAUCAACUACAACUGCCCCACCUACAACUACAGAAGUAGCAACUACAACUGUCCUACCUACAACUACAGAGGCAUCAACUACAACUGCCCCACCUACAACUACAGAAGUAGCAACUACAACUGCCCUACCUACAACUACAGAGGCAUCAACUACAACUGCCCCACCUACAACUACAGAAGUAACAACUACACCUGCCCCACCUACAACUACAGAAGUAACAACUACAGCUGCCCCAACUACAGCUACAGAAGUAGCAACUACAACUGCCCUACCUACAACUACAGAGGCAUCAACUACAACUGCCCCACCUACAACUACAGAAGUAGCAACUACAACUGCCCUACCUACAACUACAGAGGCAUCAACUACAACUGCCCCACCUACAACUACAGAAGUAGCAACUACCACUGCCCUACCUACAACUACAGAGGCAUCAACUACAACUGCCCCACCUACAACUACAGAAGUAACAACUACACUUGCCCCACCUACAACUACAGAAAAGUAGCAACUACAACUGCCCUACCUACAACUACAGAGGCAUCAACUACCACUGCCCCACCUACAACUACAGAAGUAGCAACUACCACUGCCCCACCUACAACUACAGAAGUACCAACUACAACUACCCCACCUACAUCUACAGAAGUAACAACUACAACUGCCCCACCUACAACUACAGAAGCGCCAACUACAACUGCCCCAUCUACAACUACAACAGUACCAACUACAACAUCUACAACUACAACUUCCUCACCUACAACUACAGCAGCAGUUAUUUCCACAGACACUAAACCAAAGAACUAUAUUAAACAUUUUCGUGUAAGAUUGAAUUUGCCUUUCAUAAAGGAAUAUAAUAAUUCUUCAUCUCCAGAAUACAAAGACCUUGAGAACAAAGUUAAGAACGCUUGUCUGUUCUUUAUUCGUCGAACAAAACCGAAUUGUAUAGAGGUCAUUGUAAUAAACUUCAGUCCCGGUUCCACAGAAGCCAACAAUACGGCAAUAUUCCCGGAUGACGAUAUUAGUGACGCAGGUGUACAGGAAGCCUUUGAUACGAAUUCGCGAGACAACGGCACCAUAGAGGGCAUCCCUAUACUUUAUGAUAACACAACAACUCCAGCCGGAUCCAUCCCCUAUGUGUUACAGAAACUAUCAGUACCAGAUGCGCCCCCACCCCCGCAUCACCGCAGCACCGCAUCACCACAUCACCGCAUCAGCACAACACCCCGCAUCACCGCAGCACUGCAUCACCACAGCACCGCAUCACAGCAGCACCCCGCAGCACCGCAUCACCGCAACACACCACAACACCCUGCUUCACCGCAACACCGCAUCACUGCAACACACCACAACACCCCGCAUGACCGCAACACACCACAACACCCCGCAUCACCGCAGCACCGCAACACACCACAACACCCCGCAUCACCGCAACACACCAAAACACCCCGCAUCACCGCAACACCGCAGCACCGCAACACCCCGCAUCACCGCAGCACCGCAACACCCCGCAUCACCGCAACACUGCAAUGCACAAUCGGUGGUGCGGAGCAUGUGCGGCCAGAUCACAAUAGGAAAUCCUCUGUGGAUAGAAGUAGCAACUACAACUGCCCUACCUACAACUACAGAGGCAUCAACUACAACUGCCCCACCUACAACUACAGAAGUAGCAACUACGACUGUCCUACCUACAACUACAGAGGCAUCAACUACAACUGCCCCACCUACAACUACAGAAGUAGCAACUACAACUGUCCUACCUACACCUACAGAGGCAUCAACUACAACUGUCCUACCUACAACUACAGCAGUACCAACUACAACUGCCACACCUACAACUACAGAAGCAUCAACUACAACUGCCACACCUACAACUACAGAAGUAGCAACUACAACUGUCCUACCUACAACUACAGAGGCAUCAACUACAACUGUCCUACCUACAACUACAGAAGUAGCAACUACAACUGUCCUACCUACAACUACAGAGGCAUCAACUACAACUGCCCCACCUACAACUACAGAAGUAGCAACUACAACUGUCCUACCUACAACUACAGAGGCAUCAACUACAACUGCCCCACCUACAACUACAGAAGUAGAAACUACCACUGCCCUACCUACAACUACAGAGGCAUCAACUACAACUGUCCUACCUACAACUACAGAAGUAGCAACUACAACUGUCCUACCUACAACUACAGAGGCAUCAACUACAACUGUCCUACCUACAACUACAACAGUACCAACUACAACUGCCACACCUACAACUACAGAAGCAUCAACUACAACUGCCACACCUACAACUACAGAAGUAGCAACUACAACUGUCCUACCUACAACUACAGAGGCAUCAACUACAACUGUCCUACCUACAACUACAGAAGUAGCAACUACAACUGUCCUACCUACAACUACAGAGGCAUCAACUACAACUGCCCCACCUACAACUACAGAAGUAGCAACUACAACUGUCCUACCUACAACUACAGAGGCAUCAACUACAACUGCCCCACCUACAACUACAGAAGUAGAAACUACCACUGCCCUACCUACAACUACAGAGGCAUCAACUACAACUGCCACACCUACAACUACAGAGGCAUCAACUACAACUGUCCUACCUACAACUACAACAGUACCAACUACAACUGCCACACCUACAACUACAGAAAGGCAUCAACUACACCUGCCCUACCUACAACUACAGAGGCAUCAACUACAACUGCCCCACCUACAACUACAGACACUAAACCAACGUACUAUAUUAAACAUUUUCGUGUAAGACUGGAUUUGCCUUUCAUAGACGCCUAUAAUAAUUCUUCAUCUCCAGAAUACAAAGACCUUGAGAACAAAGUUAAGAACGCUUGUCUGUUCUUUAUUCGUCGAACAAAACCGAAGUGUAUAGAGGUCAUUGUAAUAAACUUCAGCAAAGUUGAGAUAUUUCUGUGUUUUCUCCACAGUCCCGGUUCCACAGAAGCCAACAAUACGGCAAUAUUCCCGGAUGACGAUAUUAGUGAUGCAGGCGUACAGGAAAUCUUUGAUACGAAUUCGCGAGACAACGGCACCAUAGAGGGCAUCCCUAUAAUUUAUGAUAACACAACAACUCCAGCGCCCACAACUACAGAAGUGCCAACUACAACUACAGAAGUGCCAACUACAACUGCUCCACCUACAACUACAGAAGUGCCAACUACAACUACCACACCUACAACUACAGAAGUACCAACUACAACUGCCUCACCUACAACUACAGAAGUGCCAACUACAACUGCCACACCUACAACUACAGAAGUACCAACUACAACUGCCUCACCUACAACUACAGAAGUGCCAACUACAACUGCCUCACCUACAACUACAGAAGUGCCAACUACAACUGCCACACCUACAACUACUGAAGUACCAACUACAACUGCCACACCUACAACUACAGAAGUACCAACUACAGAAGCGCCAACUACAACUGCCCCACCUACAACUACAGAAGUGCCAACUACAACUGUCCCACCUACAACUACAGAAGUACCAACUACAAGUGCCCCACCUACAACUACAGAAGUACCAACUACAACUGCCCCACCUACAACUACACAAGUGCCAACUACAACUGCCACACCUACAACUACAGAAGUACCAACUACAACUGCCCCACCUACAACUACACAAGUACCAACUACAACUGCCACACCGACAACUACAGAAGUACCAACUACAACUGCCCCACCUACAACUACACAAGUGCCAACUACAACUGCCACACCUACAACUACAGAAGUACCAACUACAACUGCCCCACCUACAACUACACAAGUACCAACUACAACUGCCACACCGACAACUACAGAAGUACCAACUACAACUGCCCCACCUACAACUACACAAGUACCAACUACAACUGCCACACCGACAACUACAGAAGUACCAACUACAACUGCCCCACCUACAACUACAGAAGUACCAACUACAACUGUCCCACCUACAACUACAGAAGUGCCAACUACAAGUGCCCCACCUACAACUACAGAAGUACCAACUACAAGUGCCCCACCUACAACUACAGAAGUGCCAACUACAACUGCUACACCUACAACUACAGAAGUACCAACUACAACUGCCCCACCUACAACUACACAAGUACCAACUACAACUGCCACACCGACAACUACAGAAGUACCAACUACAACUGCCACACCUACAACUACAGAAGUACCAACUACGACGGCCACACCUGCAUCAACUACUACUGCAGGAAUGACUACAAAGCCUGCACCAACUACUACUGCAGGAAUGACUACAACACCAGCAGCAACUACUACUGCAGGAAUGACUACAACUCCUGCAGGAAUGACUACAACACCUGCAGCAACUACUACUGCAGGAAUGACUACAACUCCUGCAGGAAUGACUACAACACCUGGAUCAACUACUACUGCAGGAAUGACUACAACACCAGCAUCAACUACUACUGCAGGAAUGACUACAACACCAGCAGCAACUACUACUGCAGGAAUGACUACAACUCCUGCAGGAAUGACUACAACACCUGCAGCAACUACUACUGCAGGAAUGACUGCAACUACUGCGGGAAUGACUACAACACCUGGAUCAACUACUACUGCAGGAAUGACUACAACACCUGCAUCAACUACUACUGCAGGAAUGACUACAACUCCUGCAGGAACGACUACAACACCUGCAUCAACUACUACUGCAGGAAUGACUACAACUCCUGCAGUAACGAUUACAACACCCGCAGCAACUACUACUGCAGGAAUGACUACAACACCCACAGCAACUACUACUGCAGGAAUGACUACAACACCCGCAGCAACUACUACUGCAGGAAUGACUACAACACCCGCAGUAACUACUACUGCAGGAAUGACUACAACACCCACAGCAACUACUACUGCAGGAAUGACUACAACUCCUGCAGAAACGACUACAACACCCGCAGCAACUAUUACUGCAGGAAUGACUACAACACCUGCAGGAAUGACUACAACACCUGCAUCAACUACUACUGCAGGAAUGACUACAACACCCGCAGCAACUACUACUGCAGGAAUGACUACAACACCCGCAGCAACUACUACUGCAGGAAUGACUACAACACCUGGAUCAACUACUACUGCAGGAAUGACUACAACUCCUGCAGGAACGACUACAACACCAGCAUCAACUACUACUGCAGGAAUGACUACAACACCUUCAGCAACUACUACUGCAGGAAUGACUACAACUCCUGCAUCAAGUACUCUUGCAGGAACAACAACUUCAACUAGAACUGCAGAACAAACAACUACAGCAGCACAGAGCACAACUUCAACAGCUACAACUACAGUUGCACCUAUGCCCCCAACUACUAAUCAAAAAAUGUAUGAAUACAACUUCCAUUGUAGAAUGAAUCUGACAUUCAUAGACGCAUAUAAUAAUACUUUAUCCCAAGAAUACAAGGAACUUACUUCAAUAUUUGAGAGAUUUGCGCUCCAACUCAUUCUAAUACGGCUCCCUGACUGUCGGAAGGUCAAGAUAAUAAAUUACAGACGAGGUUCCACCGAGGCCAACGGUACAGCACUAUUCCCAGCUGACAAUCACACUGAUGCAGCUGUACAGAGAGCCUUUGAUAUUAGUGGGCGAGAUAAUGGCACCAUAGGCGGCAUCCCUCUCCUUUUCGACAACACAACAACUCCAGCGCCCACAACUACAGAAGUGCCAACUACAACUACAGAAGUGCCAACUACAACUACAGAAGUACCAACUACAACUGCCACACCUACAACUACAGAAGUGCCAACUACAACUGUCCCACCUACAACUACAGAAGCGCCAACUACAACUGCCACACCUACAACUACAGAAGUACCAACUACAACUGCCACACCUACAACUACAGAAGUGCCAACUACAACUGCCACACCUACAACUACAGAAGUGCCAACUACAACUGCCACACCUACAACUACAGAAGUGCCAACUACAACUGCCACACCUACAACUACAGAAGUACCAACUACAACUGCCACACCUAAAACUACAGAAGCGCCAACUACAACUGCCCCAUCUACAACUGCAGAAGUACCAACUACAACUGCCCCACCUACAACUACAGAAGUAUCAACUACAACUGCCCCACCUACAACUACAGAAGUGCCAACUACAAUUGCCACACCUACAACUACAGAAGCGCCAACUACAACUGCCCCAUCUACAACUACAGAAGUGCCAACUACAACCGCCCCACCUACAACUACAAAAGCGCCAACUACAACUGCCCCACCUACAACUACAGAAGUGCCAACUACAACUGCCACACCUACAACUACAGAAGCGCCAACUACAACUGCCUCGCCUACAACUACAGAACCAACAACAACUGAAGCUUCAACAACACCUGCCGAGACAACUACUACUGCAGCACCCACAUCUUCAUCAACACUUACUACAACGAUACCAACUACAACUCCAGGAGCCACUACAACACCUGCAUCAACUACUACUCCAGGAGCCACUACAACACCUGCAUCAACUACUACUGCAGGAAUGACUACAACACCUGGAUCAACUUCUACUGCAGGAUCGACUACAACACCUGGAUCAACUACUACUGCAGGAAUGACUACAACACCUGCAUCAACUACUACUGCCGGAAUGACUACAACACCUGCAUCAACUACAACUCCAGGAGCCACUACAACACCUGCAUCAACUACUACUGCAGGAAUGACUACAACACCUGGAUCAACUACUACUGCAGGAAUGACUACAACACCUGCAUCAACUACUACUGCAGGAGCCACUACAACACCUGGAUCAACUUCUACUGCAGGAUCGACUACACCACCUGGAUCAACUACUACUGCAGGAAUGACUACAACACCUGCAUCAACUACUACUGCAGGAAUGACUACAACACCUGGAUCAACUACUACUGCAGGAAUGACUACAACACCUGCAUCAACUACUACUACAGGAAUGACUACAACACCUGCAUCAACUACUACUGCAGGAAUGACUACAACACCUGGAUCAACUACUACUACAGGAACGACUACAACACCUGGAUCAACUACUCCUGCAGGGAUGAUUGCAACGCCUGCAUCAACUACACCUGCAGGAAUGACUACAACACCUGCAUCAACUACUACUACAGGAAUGACUACAACACCUGGAUCAACUACUACUACAGGAACGACUACAACACCUGGAUCAACUACUACUACAGGAUCGACUACAACACCUGGAUCAACUACUACUGCAGGAUCGACUACAACACCUGGAUCAACUACUACUACAGGAACGACUACAACACCUGGAUCAACUUCUACUGCAGGAUCGACUACAACACCUGGAUCAACUACUACUGCAGGAUCGACUACAACACCUGGAUCAACUUCUACUGCAGGAUCGACUACAACACCUGGAUCAACUACUACUGCAGGAACGACUACAACACCUGGAUCAACUACUACUACAGGAACGACAACACCUGGAUCAACUACUACUACAGGAACGACAACACCUGGAUCAACUACUACUGCAAGAAUUACUACAACACCUGGAUCAACUACUACUGCAGGAACAAUGACAACACCUGGAUCAACUACUACUGCAGGAACGAGUACAACACCUGGAUCAACUACUACUACAGGAAUGACUACAACACCUGGAUCAACUACUACUGCAGGGAUGACUACAACAUCUGGAUCAACUACUACUGCAGGAACAACAACACCUGGAUCAACUACUACUGCAGGAAUGACUACAACAUCUGGAUCAACUACUACUGCAGGAAUGACUACAACACCUGCAUCAACUACUACUGCAGGAGCCACUACAACACCUGGAUCAACUUCUACUGCAGGAUCGACUACACCACCUGGAUCAACUACUACUGCAGGAAUGACUACAACACCUGCAUCAACUACUACUGCAGGAAUGACUACAACACCUGGAUCAACUACUACUGCAGGAAUGACUACAACACCUGCAUCAACUACUACUACAGGAAUGACUACAACACCUGCAUCAACUACUACUGCAGGAAUGACUACAACACCUGGAUCAACUACUACUACAGGAACGACUACAACACCUGGAUCAACUACUCCUGCAGGGAUGAUUGCAACGCCUGCAUCAACUACACCUGCAGGAAUGACUACAACACCUGCAUCAACUACUACUACAGGAAUGACUACAACACCUGGAUCAACUACUACUACAGGAACGACUACAACACCUGGAUCAACUACUACUACAGGAUCGACUACAACACCUGGAUCAACUACUACUGCAGGAUCGACUACAACACCUGGAUCAACUACUACUACAGGAACGACUACAACACCUGGAUCAACUUCUACUGCAGGAUCGACUACAACACCUGGAUCAACUACUACUGCAGGAUCGACUACAACACCUGGAUCAACUUCUACUGCAGGAUCGACUACAACACCUGGAUCAACUACUACUGCAGGAACGACUACAACACCUGGAUCAACUACUACUACAGGAACGACAACACCUGGAUCAACUACUACUACAGGAACGACAACACCUGGAUCAACUACUACUGCAAGAAUUACUACAACACCUGGAUCAACUACUACUGCAGGAACAAUGACAACACCUGGAUCAACUACUACUGCAGGAACGAGUACAACACCUGGAUCAACUACUACUACAGGAAUGACUACAACACCUGGAUCAACUACUACUGCAGGGAUGACUACAACAUCUGGAUCAACUACUACUGCAGGAACAACAACACCUGGAUCAACUACUACUGCAGGAAUGACUACAACAUCUGGAUCAACUACUACUGCAGGAACAACAACAUCUGGAUCAACUACUACUGCAGGAACAACAACACCUGGAUCAACUACUACUGCAGGAAUGACUACAACAUCUGGAUCAACUACUACUACAGGAACGACAACACCUGGAUCAACUACUACUGCAGGAACGACUACAACACCUGGAUCAACUACUACUACAGGAACGACAACACCUGGAUCAACUACUACUGCAGGAACAACAACAUCUGGAUCAACUACUACUGCAGGAAUGACUACAACAUCUGGAUCAACUACUACUGCAGGGAUGACUACAACAUCUGCAUCAACUACUACUGCAGGAACAACAACAUCUGGAUCAACUACUACUGCAGGAAUGACUACAACAUCUGGAUCAACUACUACUGCAGGAACAACAACAUCUGGAUCAACUACUACUGCAGGAACAACAACAUCUGGAUCAACUACUACUGCAGGAACAACAACAUCUGGAUCAACUACUACUGCAGGAACAACAACAUCUGGAUCAACUACUACUGCAGGAACAACAACAUCUGGAUCAACUACUACUGCAGGAACAACAACAUCUGGAUCAACUACUACUGCAGGAACAACAACAUCUGGAUCAACUACUACUGCAGGAACGACAACAACUGGAUCAACUACUACUGCAGGAACAACAACAUCUGGAUCAACUACUACUGCAGGAACGACUACAACACCUGGAUCAACUACUACUGCAGGAACGACUACAACACCUGGAUCAACUACUACUACAGGAACGACUACAACAUCCAGCACAACACCUGGGUCCAGUACCUCUCCAAGAGCCAGUACACCAUCUGCAAUCAAUGCUGUGACAGCGCAAAAUGUUGGAAGUGGCGCCUCAGACACCCCUAAUGGAGCAAUCCCCACCUAUGGCAUCGUUCUCAUUGUGCUGGCGGCUGUUGCGUUGGCUGCUAUCCUAUUAGGGGGAUUUCUGAUUGCCAGAUUUGGAUUUUUUAAUAACAUGCUUCCAAGAGAGAUCCCAGGUUAUAGUUUUCCAGAGAGUGGGAGGAGGGUGCGAAAUUUCGAAGUGUCUAUGCCAACAACCAGGAUGGGAAGAUAUAAUGUUAGAAAUUAAACCAAUCCAAGACAUUCCGCCAAAUCUGAAUACCCCGGGAGAAAUCUGAAUGUUUUAACUUUAUCCGGGGGUUUACGUGCAAUAAGAAACGGUUGUACUGUCCUGCCUCGGCUCUGCCGGGAUCACCGAUAAUGAAGUCAUGUGGUGGAUCUGUUUACAAUACUGCUAUCCCUGCUCUGACUCCGGACAUAUUUAUUAAGCAGAAAUUGCACUUUACUUCUCAGGUCACUGUAGUGGAAAUAGACUCAUGUACAGCGGAACCUUGGUUUACGAGUAACGCAGUUAACGAGCGUUUUGAAAGACGAGCAACUUUUUUUUAAUUCUGAAUCGGU